UACAGCCUAAACGCAAAACGUAUACACACGUAAAUACAAAGUGAUCAGAAAGACCUACUUCUCAUCCUCCUAUUAAUUUAGUGAAGAAGUUGAAGCGUCCGAUCAAAAGACACGUAAACAAUCUAUCAACAUGUCAGUGAGUGAAAACGCGAUGAUGCUGAUGACGAUUUCGCCGGAGAGCCGAAGUGUUUCCCCGUUGACACCAUCGCCGUCGAGGGAGAUGCGAGGCAUCCGCUUGUUCCGAGCGAUCAGCAGGAAACUCGCCAGAAGAUCCCAAGAGGACUUAACAUGCGAAGAGGACAGUCGAUCAUCGAGCACGGAUUCCUCCAGCUCGACGCACUGCUCCAGGAAGAAGCUCGAGAACAGCUGCUCCGGAGGAUCGGGGUCCGUAUCUCCGCAUCACUCGAGCAGUUCGAGCGAGUCGGGAAGCGACAGGCCGAGACACACGCACUCCACGUCCGCGGAGAGCAUCCGCAAAGUGUUCCAGAACCUUACGGUGAACGUCCGCUCGAAGAGCUGCAACAACAGCAGCAAGGAAAGCAGUAAGGACAAGAGGAAAAACACGAAGAAGACGCCGCCGAAGAAGAUCCUCCGGUCUCCUGUUACCUAUACGUACGUAAAAGGGCUUUCCGGUCUGCCCACCCAGAGGAUUCCCAAGAACCAGAGUCGCGUGUACUUGAGCAACUGCGGCUGCGGCGUCCAACACAUGGCAGCCCUCAACCGAUAGGCAUUCCCAUUGAUCUGGUAAAGUUUUUGGUGAUGGUACCUUUUCCCCAUCAUCGGUGAUCGCAGCAAUAGACUAAGUUUAAACUGAAUACGAGAAAUGAAGAACUGAUAAGACUGUUGUAUUUAGGGUACACCAUUUAAUUUUGGCCCCCUAAGAAUUACGAGCUAUUUGUAUACUUAUUGUAAAUAAAUCAACGUUUUUUAUAUGAAAAUAUUAAAAGAAAAAGAUGUAUUGAGAAAAUUAAGUAAAUGUUUAUCACUCUAUGUAAAAAUUACCAUGAACAACUGUUGCGAACGAAGAAGAAAAAAAAAAGAAGAAGUAACGAACACACGCAUAAGGGGACUCAAUCAAUUUUACAUGUAAACACUCUGUAAAGUGUGUAAGUUCCAAAGAAGA